UUUCCCACAGUGCAGCGGUAUGUAACUGAUUGCGCAGUUGUCGGCAGCGCGCUUCAGUCGCACAGUUACCAGCUUUACUCAUAGGGACGUUGAAUGACUUUGUGUUCCAGUGUUUGAGUGUAAAGAAAGUUGCCUCUUUCAGAAAAGACGCACGUUUUUCGCGGACUGAUGGAGGCUCUCAUUCCUGUCAUCAACAAACUGCAGGAUGUGUUUAACACAGUUGGUGCAGAUAUCAUUCAUCUGCCACAGAUAGUGGUGGUAGGAACACAGAGCAGUGGGAAGAGUUCUGUUUUAGAGAGCUUGGUGGGCCGAGACAUUCUGCCACGAGGCACUGGUGUCGUCACACGCCGACCCCUUAUCCUACAGCUAGUGCACAUUGAACCAGAGGACCGCAAGAAAACCAAUGAAGAGAAUGGCAUUGAUGGAGAGGAGUGGGGCAAAUUUCUACACACUAAAAACAAGAUCUACACAGAAUUUGAAGCAAUCAGGCAAGAAAUUGAAGCUGAAACUGAUAGAGUUUCUGGUAGUAACAAGGGCAUUAGUGACGAACCCAUUCACUUGAAAAUCUUCUCACCGCAUGUGGUGAAUCUCACGUUGGUGGAUCUUCCUGGCAUUACCAAGGUUCCUGUUGGAGACCAGCCCAAAGACAUUGAGGUCCAGAUCAGAGAUCUGAUCCUGAAGUACAUCUCCAACCCUAACUCCAUCAUCCUGGCUGUGACUGCUGCCAACACGGACAUGGCGACGUCUGAAGCCCUCAAAGUAGCUCGGGAGGUUGAUCCCGACGGGAGGAGGACGCUGGCAGUGGUGACCAAGCUGGACCUUAUGGAUGCUGGUACGGAUGCCAUGGACAUAUUAAUGGGCAGAGUCAUUCCGGUUAAACUGGGCAUCAUAGGAGUAGUGAACAGGAGUCAGUUAGACAUCAAUCAAAAAAAAUCGGUAGCAGAUGCUGUUCGCGAUGAAUUUGCUUUUCUGCAAAAGAAGUACCCGUCACUCUCCAACAGAAAUGGAACUAAAUACCUGGCCAGAACAUUGAACAGACUUCUGAUGCACCACAUCAGAGACUGUCUUCCUGAACUAAAGACACGGAUCAACGUUCUGGCCGCACAAUAUCAGUCUCUGCUGAACAGUUAUGGAGAGCCCGUGGAUGACAAGAGUUCCACGUUGCUGCAGCUUAUCACCAAGUUUGCUGCAGAGUACUGUCACACCAUAGAGGGCACGGCCAAAUACAUAGAGACAACUGAGUUAUGCGGUGGAGCACGAAUCUGUUAUAUAUUUCACGAGACCUUUGGACGAACUCUGGAGUCUGUCGACGCUCUGGGAGGACUGACGACCAUCGAUGUGCUCACGGCGAUCCGAAAUGCUACGGGCCCUAGACCUGCACUGUUUGUGCCGGAGGUGUCGUUUGAGCUGCUGGUGAAACGACAGGUCAAACGUCUGGAAGAUCCCAGUCUUCGAUGUGUGGAGCUGGUUCAUGAGGAGAUGCAGAGGAUCAUCCAGCACUGCAGCACCUACAGCACUCAGGAGUUGCUGAGGUUUCCAAAGCUCCACGAUGCCAUAGUAGAAGUGGUCACCUCAUUACUUAGAAGGAGGCUCCCUGUCACCAAUGAAAUGGUCCACAACCUUGUUGCCAUCGAACUGGCUUAUAUCAACACAAAACACCCAGACUUUGCUGAUGCCUGUGGUCUAAUGAACAACAACAUUGAAGAGCAAAGACGUGGCCGAAUGAAGGAUCUGCCCUCUGCUGUGCCCAGAGACAAGGUAGAGUCUGUCCAUUGUCACUGUCACGGUCACUGCUUUUUCGCAUGACUGAUAUUUUAGCUUCAGCUCCACAACUUUCUUCUUUUUCCAUCCGCUCUUUUCUGUCUCAUUUCCAAGGUGUAGCCCAUUAGAAUUGCCUGACCACCUGUAACUCCCUAUCGUCAAGCCACUGCCUACUGUGUCUUGCACUUGCUAGUUACUUUUUUUUUUUUAAAAACAUCAAAUACAUGAUGUUUGUAGGGCGAC